AAAUCGUUUUCACUUGCGGAUGUGAUAAAGACAUCAUCGCUUAUGGGGCAGUAUUAAAUCAAAAAGCUUAGCAGACACAUCUAAGAAGACACAAGCGGAUACGCACAGCAAUCGGUUUGCAGGAGAUUUAUUUCGAUUUAAAAAGGAACAACUAUGACCGACCUGGUGGAAGCAGGACUUUUGAAACACAGACAAGGAGUGCAUGAACAUGUUACCAAAGCAAACAGCACCACCACAACCACACAGCCCAAAGAAACUUGGGGUAAUGACAUAGAGUUUCUAUUCUCAUGCAUUUCCCUAUCGGUGGGCUUGGGAAAUAUUUGGCGUUUUCCCUAUAUUGCCUUUCAAAAUGGUGGCGGAACUUUUGUAAUACCUUAUCUAAUUGUCCUAUUGAUUAUUGGCCGACCUGUUUAUUAUCUGGAGAUAUUGGUGGGACAAUUUUCAGGAAGAGGCUGCAUCAAGGCUUUCAAUAUGGCACCGGUAUUGAAAGGUGUGGCUGCCGGUCAGGUUUUAGCUACAACUGCUUCCAUCACCUAUUACUCCAGCAUAAUGGCCUUAACAUUAAGAUUUUUGAUAGCUUCAUUUUCAAAAGUUCUACCCUGGAGCAAGUGUAAACCUGAAUGGGGUAACGAAUGCUUGGAAUAUGAGUUGGCAUCAGGAGGCAAUACAACUCAGGACGAAUUUGUUGCAAGAAAAAUGUCACCAGCCGAAUUAUAUUUUGAGAAAGAAAUUUUGCAUGAGUAUGAGAACAUCAAAGAUGGUAUUGGCUUACCGAAUUGGGAAUUGGUCGGUUGUCUGGCUGUUUCUUGGAUAAUUAUUGGUGGAGUGCUAAUUAGAGGUGUUAAAAGUUCUGGCAAAGCUGCCUAUUUUUUGGGUGUUUUUCCAUAUGUGGUACUGAUUAUUCUGCUCAUCAGGGCCUUGACAUUGCCUGGCGCUUUACAAGGUAUUAUAUAUUUCUUUAAGCCUCAGUGGAAGGAGUUAUUGAAUCCUCUGGUCUGGUAUGCCGCAGUCACCCAGGUAUUUUUUAGCUUGGCCAUAUGCUUUGGAACCCUAAUAACUUAUGCAUCCUACAAUAAUUUCUCAAGAAAUGUUUACAAUGAUAUUGUUAUUAUAACCACCAUGGAUUCAUGUUCCUCGAUUAUUGCGGGUUGUAUUACCUUUGGCAUUUUAGGUAAUUUGGCCUUUCAAACUGGCAACACAGAUAUAGCUAAUGUGGUCAAAGGCGGAGCCGGCUUAGCAUUCAUAUCCUACCCGGAUGCCAUAGCGAAAUUCGAAUUAUUACCACAGGCAUUCGCGGUCCUUUUCUUUUUGAUGUUAUUUGUCUUAGGCAUUGGCAGUACGGUGGGUAUGGGCUCCUGCAUAAUACGGGUAAUACGUGAUUGCUUUCUUCAAACUCCCAAUUGGGUGUUAGCUUUGCUUUUAUCCCUAUUGGGUUUUUGCGUUAGCAUUAUGUAUAUGUGCCCAGGAGGGCAAUUCAUUUUGAAUUUGGUGGAUUUCUAUGGAGUUUCGUUUACUGCUCUCAUAUUGGCCAUUGGAGAGCUUUUGGCAGUGGGAUGGGUAUAUGGUGUCAAAAGAUUUUGUGAGGAUUUAAAAUUUAUGGUGGGCCUUAAGACAGGCAUAUAUUGGCGUCUAUGUUGGGGCCUUAUAACUCCAGGCCUAAUGCUUGCCGUGCUCAUCUACUCUUUAUUGGCAAUGGAACCUUUGACAUAUAAAAAUGUUGACUAUCCAGCAAUAGCUCAUCUUUUCGGUUGGUGUUUGGCCGCCUUAGGCCUUAUACAAUUGCCCGGAUGGGCUCUAUACGAAUUGUGGAAUCAAAAUGAGUCUCUCACAUUCAAGGAGAAAUUGCUGGGCAUAUUUAGACCAUCUCCUGAAUGGGGUCCUCUGGAUUUAAACCUUAAACAGGAAUAUGAGAACUAUCGAAAAAAUUUGCAAAGUGCAAAUGCUAACAGGAACUUAUUACAAAAAUUGUAUGACAAUUUAUUUCAUUAAUUUAUUCGAUAGAAAAAACUUUAAUAGAACAAGAGAUAAGAAAUAAAAUAAAAAUAAUGUAAUAAAUA